AUGAAAACGGCAAGAGAGGAAGAAAGGGGGAUGAACAAAGGGAAUGUAAAAAGAUCGAAAAAGGCCGAAGAAAAACAAAAGGGUUAUCGACGUUACAUGCGCUUUCUCUCCGGUCGGCAUUGUGUUUCCGAGCAGACGAAGCUUACACUCACGGUAUUGGUGUUUCAUCACAUCCAAGCGACCUCGUAUUGGUGUAAGCUUAAACCGGAUCCGUAA